AUGGAACAGAUUACGCUAAACGGUAAAGUCGUCCCUAUUAAGGGAAACUUGGCGUAUGCUCUCCGCCAUGUGUAUGAGCACUGGGCCGAUGCUUUCCCAGAUGAGAGGUCGCGCCAAAUGUUCCUUUGGGCUGACGCUCUCUGCAUCGACCAAGAUGACGUCGAGGAGAAAAGUAGCCAGGUCCCUCUCAUGAGAACGAUAUUCUCCCGUGCUGAACUUGUCAUGUCUUGGCUCGGUCCUGAGAGUGACAGUCUGCAUUGUGCUAUGGAUACAAUCGAGAUGCUGUAUUCGGAAUGGUCGGAAAAGGAUGACAUCUCGGACCUGAGAUGGAUACUUCGUCAUCCAUCUCUAUGCGAUGCCUGGACGGAUGAACGAGACGACUCUUGGAUCAACACUCGGUGGGAAGCUAUGUACGAAUUCAAUCGCCUCAGUUAUUGGCACUGUACAUGGGUCUUCCAAGAAAUCGUCCUCGCGAAGCGGGUCAGGGCAAUUUGCGGACGAAAAGCUCUGGAAUGGCACAAGAUUGCCUAUGUUGCGGAACAAGCAAGCGAGUUGAAUCUGGAGCUCCAAACUAGAGGCAUGAUGAAACCUGAAUUUCUUUCUGGUCCUGCUUGGGUUGCGCUGGCAACACGUCACAGCCCUCCCUGGAUCUUACUUCAAACCUACGCCGAGAUGGGCAGAAUGGAGGCCAGUCACGAGAAGGCUCCACAUGAGCCAGAUUGGUAUCUUUCAGUUUUGGGUGGACGAUGGCUGCUUGCAACAGACCCAAAAGAUCAUAUUUAUGGGUUACUUGGAGUAACUCGUCUUCCAAUAACUCCCGACUAUGUGAGAAGACGUCGGUUGCCUCUCUAUUGCGACUACGUCGCCAACUGGCUCAAGGCGUGGCGGGAUGGAGAUAUAGACUUUGAAGAACUUGACUUUAUAACUUUUUCCGGGUCCUCAGCAGCGCAGAAGGACCCAGAGAUGCCUUCUUGGAUUUCAAACUGCCCUUCAGCUUCGAGCUCUGAAGGAGUAGAUGGCCGACUUAUCUACAAAGGAUCAGCGAGUGAACAAGUGUUCCCCAAAGACACUGAGAAUGCUUCAGUUAUCGGAAUGCCCCUCUUCGUGAGUGGCGUUGAACUGGAUAUCAUUACACAAACCGAGGACUGCGAUUACGAUGGUGCAUUUUCAGUGUCCAACUUUGACUUCCUACAGGAAUUCGUAACGAUGCGGCCAGUUUAUCCUACUGGGAUUUCUUCACUACAGGCCAUGUUUCGAAUUCUCGCCAGGGGCGGUUAUGGAGGAUAUGAACCGUUGGAUGCGACAGGUUUUCACAUGGUGACAAAGUGGAAGUCUGAUGACAGCAUCAAGUGGCAGACAAUCGAAGAGCUCUGUGGCUGCCGCGGCCUAGCCUUCUUCACGACCGGUUCUGGUUAUAUCGGCAUAUCUCGAAAGUGUGCUCAGGGUUGCAUCAGAGCCGCCACGUCCAUGUCUCGACAUGCUGCGUUGUUGGGCUAUCUCACGGAGAGGCUAGUGACUAUUUAG